AUGACCUCUAUACAAGUGGCACGCCAACUCUUGGCCCAUAUGGGUGAAUCUCUCGAUGUCAUUGAGCAAACUUGCGCCGCCAAUGGAACGAAGCUGCCUGAGUUGAAUGAGCCGUUCUCUCCACCAACCGAAGCGUUCAGGGCGGACCCGAAAGUCGCAGAGGCCGCCAACAUCGCCAGUGCUGCAGCCGUUCACCUCGCCGCUAUCCUCACACCUCCUCAAGUUACCCUUUAUCAUUUUGCCGGCGGCCAUUUUAGGGCUGCGGCCAUUCGUGCUUGCCUUGAGUCAAACAUAACCGAAAUUCUACGCGAAGCUGGACCUGAGGGAUUGCACGUCAAGGACAUCGCGGCAAAGAAUGGCCAGGAUCCUCUCAAACUCGGCCGUUUCCUCCGUUUCCUGGCCACGAACCAUGUAUACCGAGAGGUAUCACCGGACGUGUUUACAAACACACGCAUUUCCAGUAUGCUCGACACAUUGAAGCCCAGCACAGAGAUUAUCGCAAAGCCCGAAUCCAAGCAUAUCGGGACUUUUGGAUUUCCCGCCUUUCUUUCGCACCACCUCGAUGAAGCAUUCAAGGCGGCUGCAUGGUCGUGGGAGGUACUGGAGGAUCCGAAAACGAGAAAAUCCGGAGAUCCCCACGCAUCUCCAUUUUCUCGUGCUCUCAACACUGACCAGACACUCUGGGAGUUUUAUGAGAGACCGGAAGAAUCAUUCCGUCACCAGCGUUUUUCUAUUGGUAUGCACGGGGUUCAGGCGCUCCAGCCUCCCGAUUCCAUUCUUGGUGCCUUCAACUGGAAGAGCCUUCCGGCGGAGUCCCUAGUGGUCGACGUCGGAGGUGGCAUUGGAACGUCGUCCAUGUCGCUCGCCACUCAUUUCCCUCAGCUCAAUAUUGUCGUUCAGGACCUUCCUAGUGUCAUCGAGGAAGGCAGAACUAUAUGGGCGGAGAAGCACCCAGACGCCAUCAAGUCGGGUCGUGUACAACUCGAGGCACACGACUUUUUCAAGCCACAGCCUCACAACGACGCGUCCGUGUUCCUCCUCAAGAUUAUCAUUCACGAUUGGUCCGACGAGUUCUGCGUCAAAUUGCUCGCCCGUCUCAGGGAGGCCGCCACGAAGGACACGGUUCUCUUGCUUAUCGAGAGCAUCAUGCCGUUCGCGUGCCACGAUAGCCAGGGAGAUGAUAAUUACGAAAUCCCAGGCGCAGUACCUCACGAGGCCCCUGCCCCACUGCUCGCAAACUACGGCCAUACCAACCUGAUGGGAUAUAACGCCGAUAUCGAUAUGUUCUUGCUGUUUAACUCGCAGGAGAGAACGAUCCGCCAUUUCAAUGAUCUUCUGCGUGGCUGCGGGUGGAAGGUCAUUAGAGUGAAUCGCCACGAGGGUGGGGACAGCACAUUUUUGCAGGCGAUUGAAGCGGUACCCUUUUAA